CGGUCACCUUCUCAUCAUCAUCAGCGACUCGAUCGACUCCCUUGCUGGUUUGGGCCGCGCGCGAAGUACGAGACGGCCAGACUUACUUUCCUUCCAAGCGUCGUUCUGGUCUCCAUCUAUGGCGCUGUUCGGCAACGUGCUUCCCCGAUGCGUGGCGCAGCUCGAUAUUUUGGCUGAUGUCGCCGGCCUCGAUUGACUAGGCGGCGACAUUCUCGAUCCCCGUCUCAGCACUCCCUCGCUGAGCAUUCGGCGACCUAACCGCUGAAUACCUUUCUUGCACUCCCAUCCCAUCUUUCCGAAGAACAUACGUUCUUGUUGCUCUCCUCAGCAACCCGUCAACCACAUCCUUUUUUGUUCCCUUCCCAGACUUGGAAAUAAAAAAAAAACCUGCAAACCGCCGUCAUGGCCCGCAACCACAUUAGUAAGAUUUCUCACAAGAACAUGCGUUUCCUGAUCACGGAUCGCCCUUCGGACGCCACUGUCGAGGACUACGUGCGCGUGCUCCAGCAAGAGAAUGUGGUCGCCCUGUGCCGCGUCUGCGAGCCCUCGUACGAUGUUAGCAAGCUGAAGGACAAUGGCAUUGAAGUCCAUGACUGGGCCUUCCAAGAUGGUGCCCCGCCUCCGGACGAGGUCAUUGACAAUUGGCUCCGCCUGUGCCGCGAAACCUUUGCGCAGCAUCCCAAUGGUUUUGUUGCCGUGCACUGCGUCGCUGGCCUCGGCCGCGCGCCGGUUCUGGUCGCCCUCAGCCUGAUUGAGGCGGGCAUGUCCUCGGAAGAUGCCGUCCUCUUUAUCCGUGAAAAGCGUCACGGUGCCAUCAACCGACGCCAGCUGCAGUUUUUGCAAGACUACAAGCGUCGUGGCAAGGCCAAGGGUUGCAUCAUCAUGUAACCUCGCUUUCAACCCUGUUUGGUCCGUCCAAAAAGGGGUGACAUGAGCCGUGGUGCAUCAAGCAUGCUUUGCGCCUGUCUUGUCCAGACGGUCCGAUAUCGUUCGUCUUGUGCUUGUGUGGAUUGAAAUGCCGGUGCCCAAGAACGAUAGCUGGUUGCCGAUGAGUGACAAGAUGCGCUCCCAAUCUCUUUGCCUCAAAAACACUCCCCAUCAAUUGAGCUUAGAUAGGA